AUGACACCGCUCGCCCCUCUGGAGCCCAUAGCCGUCUGCGGCAUGGCGGUGCGUCUGCCCGGCGACGUGCGGAGCCCGGCCGAGUUCUGGGACAUGCUCAGAGCCAAGCGCAACGGACUGGUCGACUGGCCUCGCAGCAGGGGCAACGCUAGGAACAGCGAUGGGAAGAGCAAAUCUCCCGCGUCUGUUGGACGGUUCGACGCCGGCGGCUUCCAAAGCCGGAUGCCUGCCAAAAAUACCCUCCAGGCGCCGCAGGCGUACCUAUUGAACCAUGUCUCGCUGGGCGACUUCGACCCUAGCUUCUUCCCGGUUGGGGCCAAAGAGGCAACACUCAUGGACCCAAUGCAGCGUCAGCUUCUUGAGGUUGCCUACGAGUGCGCCGAGAACGCGGGCGCUGGAGGGGUGUGUUCCGAGCCCGACGCCGUCCGCAAAGAUGUCGGCGUCUUUGUCGGCGUCUUUGGCGAGGACUGGCUGCAGGAGAACGUCAUGGACAGCCAGCUGGCCGGCAUGUAUCGGGGGACAGGCUUUCUCGACUUUCUCCAGGCGAACCGCGUCAGUUUCGCCAUGGACUGGCAAGGGCCUAGUAUCGUCGUCAAGACGGGCUGCUCGGCCAGUCUCGUGGCACUAGACAUGGCUUGCCACAGUCUGCGCGCCGGCGAGUGUUCUUCGGCCGUUGUACUCGGCGUCAACCUCAUCACUUGCCCGCUCAUGACCCUCCUGUACACCGCGCAGGGCCUGUUGAGCCCCUCGGGUCGAUGCAAGACUUUUGACGCAGCAGCGGAUGGCUACGGCCGCGGCGAGGCCGUCAACGCAGUCUUCUUGCGGCGGCUUUCUGACGCCCAGAAGGCCAGGGACCCCAUUAGGGCGGUGAUCCGAGCAAGCGCCACCGGCCAUGACGGCCGCAAAAUCGGGCAGCUCAAGCCGGACGCCGGGGCGCAGGAGCUGCUGAUCCGCAAGACGUAUGCACUGGCGGGCAUCCCCGAGUCCGAGUUUGGAGACACAGCGUGGAUUGAGUGCCACGGCACGGGCACCGCCGUCGGCGACCCGAUCGAGCUGCGUUCCGUGGCAAACAUCUUUGGCCACCGAGGCAUCAUUGUCGGCAGCGUCAAGCCCAACGUCGGCCACUCCGAGGGCGCCGCCGGCCUGACAGGUCUAAUCAAGGCUGUGCUGUCACUGGAGCACGACACUAUACCUCCCAACAUCUUCUUCGACACGCCCAACCCUCUCAUUCCCUGGAAGGAAGCACGCCUCCGAGUCCCCGUUGACUCUUUGCCGUGGCCUGGUGGCCGCAAGAAACGCGUCAGCGUCAACUCGUUUGGUGUGGGCGGCUCCAACGCCCAUGUCAUCCUCGAAGCCGGCGCUUCUGGUAGGCCAGCUCAUCCUCUUUGGCCUUGCCAAACCGAAGCUCACAUCCUGCUGCUCAGCGCUACCCACCAGUGGUCGCUGCAGAAGCAGGUGCUUCGCCACCGUGACUAUCUACUACGCCGCCGGCCCACGCCGCCGGGUCAUGUGCGCAGCCUUCUUCGGGAUAUGGCCUACACCCUCGGUUGCCGCCGCCGCCACUUUCCACUACGGACGUACGCCAUUGUUCGCGUUGGAUCAGGGUUCGGCGAGGAAGCCGAGAGUCUCAAGACGGACCUGGCAGAGGAAGGACUGAUCAACUUCAGCGACGCUGGCCAUUCCUGUCAAGUUGAAGACGCUGCGCCGCAGCCUCGAAUUACCUUUGUGUUUACAGGCCAAGGAGCCCAGGCGGCGCAGAUGGGCUAUGAGCUCUUGCGUACCAAUCGCGUGUUCUCUGACAGUGUCUCCUACUUGGAUCAGUGUCUGGCUACUCUCCCUGACGAUCUGGCACCGGAAUGGACGCUGAUUGACGAGAUCUCCAAACCCGGCCCAGCCAGCCGCCUACACCAAACAAAAUACGCACUACCUUGCUGUACCGCUAUCCAGAUCGCCUUGGUCAACGUCUAUCGUUCCUGGGGCGUCCAUCCUUCAGCCGUUGUCGGCCACUCUAGUGGCGAGGUUGCCUCAGCCUAUGCGGCCGGAGUUCUCUCUACUCGUCAGGCUAUUAUCAUUGCCUAUCUUCGCGGUCUCGCUUUACACGAAGGGACAGCACGGCCAGGUACUAUGGCAACUGUCAGCUUGGGGGCUGAGGAGACGGUGCAAUUCCUGAGCUCCGGAGCUGUCAUUGCCUGCGAGAAUAGCCCGAAUAGCACAACCGUGUCUGGUGAUGCGGACGCGGUACGGGAGACCCUCGGAAAGGUUGCCGAAGCAGACCCGCAGAUCUCGUGCCACAUGCUCAAGGUGCAAACAGCCUUCCAUUCCCCUCAUGUUAGGCCGAGUGCACUCAGAUAUGAACAAUCGCUGGAGCCAUUCCUUGGUGGAGACUCCAGUGGCUGCCCCUCGUGUUCGUUAUACAGCAGCGUCACGGGAUCUUUCAGCGAAUGUCCCUCAGACCUCGUGAGAAGGCCGCGGUAUUGGAGAUACAGCCUCGAAAAGCCUGUUCUUUUCAGACAGGCGCUGGAGCAGCUCGUGAGCCGAGAGCACUCGCUCUACCCAGAAGCCGGGUUGCUCUUUGUCGAGAUUGGACCUCAUCCCGCCCUGAAAAGGCCUAUCGCGCAGACUCUCCAAGCUCUCGACGCAACCUUGAGGCAACAGUGUAUACAUAUCCCUACCCUACAGCGGGGCGAGAGGGCUGAUGAGGCCGUAUUGCAAUCAAUAGGCGAGCUAUAUCUGCGGGGGGCUCUCCCGGCCGCCAGUAUGGAAUCCGUGCUUAAACUACAAGGGGUUUCUUGUCUGACUGACCUGCCCACUUACGCGUGGCACCACGGCGUCCAGUACUUUGAUCCGCCGCGUGUGGCCAGUGUCUACAAGAGCGCGCAGUGUCUUCCUCAUGAGCUGCUUGGCGCUCGGAUUCCAGAUGUUACUGACAUUGAGCCGUGCUGGCGGUGCGUCAUGGAACCCGACGACCAACCCUCGUGGCUAGGCCACCACAUCGUUGAUGGCCACACUGUUUUCCCGGCCGCUGGAUUCAUCGCCAUGAUCGGCGAGGCCAUAGGUAGAGUCGCCUCCACUGCUGACGAUGUCUUCUCCGUCAAGGGUUACAUCCUGCGCAAGGUUGUUAUCAAGACGGCUCUUAUCCUACCACCGGGAUCGACAGUAGAGCUCGUCACACGGCUCUCGCUGGCUGACGACUACGUCGAUGACGACAAUCUCGACCGGGACAGGACGUGGUACGAGUUUCACAUCAUGGCUCUCGUGCCAGACCGAGACGGAGACCGAUGGACCAGCCACUGCCGUGGCCUGGUAGCUAGCGACGCUGGGCCCGCGUCCAAUAGAGCAAAUCAUCUUUCUGCACCUAAAGACGGCAGCUUCGUACGAAGAAUCGACACAUCCGAGUGGUACUCCAUUGCUGACUCGGUAGGCCUGUCCUACGGCGCCUCGCUGAAGGGCCUUGACGAAAUCGUAGCGUCCACCGAUCACAUGGCAGCUUUGGCUACUGUGUACGAUGACGCUUUCGACAACAUAGGUGAAUAUGUGCUUCACCCAGCCGUCAUAGACCUGGGGCUUCAGCUUAAUCUGGUCGCAAUGUGCCAGGGAAUUGGUGAGAAGUGCGAUCUCCUUUUGCUGCCGACGUACAUGGAGGAGGUUGUUGUGGGCGCAAAGCCCCAAGAAAACCAAAACGACUGCGAAAGCAGACUAGCCAUGCGAGCCGAUGUUCGUUGGGUUGAGAGAGGGAGGAGCCUAGAGGGCACCGUCACCGGUACCGCCACUGCCGAUGACGAAAACCAUCAAAACGAAACUCGAUAUCGGCUCUCUAUGCGGAAUGUCAAGUUCAUGGCCAAGCCCUUGGCCCGCCGCACAUCCGAAUAUGAUGCUAAGCUGCCGCCAUCGCUCCGCCUUGCGUCCGAGUUUCAAUGGGCCUAUGACGUUGAGCUGCUCGACCCGGAGAAUAUAGUAUCAGCUCUUGAUAUGGUCCAGCUGCUCGCCUACCAGAACCCGCGCAUCCGAGUCUUAGUGGUUGGCGGUGACGGCGAGGUGUCUUUGGCAUGCGCCGCCAUGCGAAUGCUCGAGACCCAGGUCAUGUCCGACGGCGCGGUCGCGGCGACCCUCACUUAUACGGCUACGGGGCACACUGAACUGAGACUAGCGAGGCUCUCUCUAGAGGGGAGGGGACGCUCAGGGGUGCGUGUCCUGUCGUUCACGGACAUACUACAAGGCUUGUCAGAAGCUGGCCCUCAAGCAGAGGGCGGUUUUGGUCUCGUCCUCGUCGACGGGGCUGAAACACUGAUUGGGAUGUGCUCGGCCCUCACCCCGGCCCGCUGUUCUUCGCUCUUGUCUCGUGGCGGAUGGCUUCUUGUAGACCGAUCUGAUGAGAAGUCCAAAACAAAGUUGGAAGAGCUUGGCCUCGUACUUGUACGUCGGGCCUGUUCGGCACACAGCUAUGUCCGGCUGAGCAUUGCGCGAAACCUUCAGAGUCAAGAGUCUGAAGCUCCGAGGUUGAGACAUGUCAUUGUACUAGCGACGCCGGCCCUCGACAAGCUGGCCCGGGCACUGCAGAGCAACCUGGGACAGGGCGGGAUACGUUGUGAGAUCCGGCACUCUCCCUCAGACAACCAAGGAACGCCUACCGGUGAUGACGAACACACCGUCCUUGUGUCGAUGCUCUACCUGGAGCAGUCGGCGGAGGAGACGUCGCUGAAUCCCGGGUCCUUCAGGGGCUUCGUUGACAAGCUGCUCGCGGCUAAGGGGCAAAUAGUUUGGCUCUUACCCCCUCUUCAGUCGGGAAGCACGGGUCCGGCGUCGUUGUGCCGCCGGCCCGACGCCGCAUGCAUGCUUGGCCUUGCACGCACCGCUCGCACCGAGAACCCCGCGCUGGGUCUUACGACGGUCGAGAUGGACGUUGAUUCAACGUCCACCUCGGACGCUUCAGGCGCCCUCGCUCGCAUCGUUCUGCGUCUAUGCCAAGCGCAGCUUGGGCCGGAAGACGGGCCAGACAUGGAUCGCGAACUCGGCAUCACGAGAGAGGGAACCGUGCUGAUCCCUCGAAUGACAUGGUCAUUGCUCGACGACGACGACGACACCGCGGCCACGGAACCUUCAAAUCGCACAAACAGCGGCGGAAAAGGGCGGCUCGUUCUCCGACCAGAUGCGAGCUAUUUGAUCGUCGGAGGCCUCGGCGGGCUUGGGAGAUCCCUCUGCCUGUGGAUGGCUGCCCGAGGGGCCCGCCAGCUCGUCCUGUUCUCGCGCUCUGCCGCUGCCGAACCCGACGCAGCCAUGCUCUCUUUCCUCGAGGAACUGGCAUCCACCUUUGGCUGCGCCGUUGUUCGUGUGGGUGGGCGUGCAGAGAUCCGCUCAGACGUCAAGCGCGCCGUCGACGCCGCCGACGGAGCUUCCUCACGAGGUCUCGCUGGCAUCGUCCACAUGCCCAUGGUGCUCCGCGAUCGGCCAAUGAGGGACAUGAAAUGGGACGACUGGGUCGCCGCGGCACGCGGCGCAUGGAAUCUGCAUAGUGUCGUGGACAGCCGGCGGGCGAAACUCGAUUUCUUCGUCCUGUUCAGCUCGCAUGGUCAAGCCAAUUAUAACGCGGCAAAUACUUUUCUCGAUUCGUUUGCGCUAUAUCGCCGAGGCCUCGGCCUUCCGGCCAACGUCGGAGCCGUGAAACGCGAUGCAACGCUGGCCGCCCAGUUCCGCAAAGCCGGCUACAGCGCUGUCAUGCGGGCUCUCGUCUUGGGCCUGCUGCGGGAUCCCCAGGCGGCCAAUACAACACGGGCGGUCGUAUGGAAACGCGACCCCCGCAUAUCCAAGGCUUCCAGCGGGGGCUCGGGCUCGGGCUCGGGUUCUGGCGCAGUCGAGGAUCACGGCGGGGCCGGCUCAAGUGUUGCGAGUUCAAUGAGACACGAGAUGAGGGACAUGAUUUCAUGGGCGAGCGAGGAGCCCAUCGGGCUAGUGACGGAAGUCCGACGAAAGUCUCUGGCCUCCUGCCUGGGCAAGGCCCUCUACGAGUUGCUGGCGAUGCCGCUGGAGACACCGUCGCUAACAAGGCGAAUCAACUCCCUGGGCCUGGAUUCUUUCACCGCUGUCGAGCUGACAGCCUGGAUCCAACAGCACUUCAAGAUACACGUCUCAACCAUGGAGUCCAACACUGACAUUAACCUGAUGCAGCUGGCUGACCUUAUCAUGGACAGGAUGGUAGAGAAGCAUAGACAUGUGUCCCAGCCGGACAAAUAUUCCAUGGUCCAGAACGUAGCUGUGCAGUAGUCCUUAUUAGUAAAAAUAAUAAAAGAAAGUUGAGGUUAAAGUAAAGUAAUAAGUUUUAUAGUAUUCUU